AUGAUCGCUUCAUUAAAGAAAAUUUAUCUUUGGCAAGAAAAGAUGCAAAAGGGAAACUCUUUUGAGAAACUUGAAAACUCAAAUUAAUUAGUUUCUUAGGAUGACUUUGUUCUAAAAACAUUUUUGAUUGAAAGAACAAAUUUCCAAAAAGGUGAGGUAGUAAAGAAGUCCCUAGAAAUUAUUAUUAUAAUGCUAGCUAUUAGAUAGGAUGCAAAAGAAUUACUGGAGGAGGGAAUAACAUCAUUAUUCUUAUAAAACGACAUAAGAUUAAGUACAAGCUUACCUAAAAUAGUGGAAAAUACCUCAUAAUUAGGGCAUAGUUAUUUCUCUAGAAUUUAAGUAACCAGAGUAGAUUGGAAAAACACUUUAUUAGUGGUUAUAAAUUAUUAGAAUGCACAAUGUGAAUUUAAAGAGUUGUUUUAUAAAAUGCAAAUCAGAAGUUCUUUAAUGUAGGAUAGAAAGAAUAAAUUUAGUUGA